UUGGGAGAGGAAACCGCGCUGUGAAAACUCCCAGGAUUUAUACUCUGCCAUUUUGAGCAGAACCGGUCGAGUUUACACCCGUCAUGACCUGAAUUAACGAGCUCCGACUGUCAGACUGAAACGACCAUCUGAAGUGGGAUACAGUUAGCACAGCAACGCAUGGGACUACUGUUGUCAACCUGGCUACCAAUAGCCUGCCACCAUGUGCUCAACCAAUCAUUCAAACUGGGUGACAUUUGAAGAUGACUCUAUACCACUCUCGUCACCUCACAAGACCCCACAGUCAUCAGGGUCAAUCAAAGGGUCUGUGCCACGCCCCAAUGGUCUGAAGUUAGUGCUUCCUCCAAUCCGAAAUCCUUCCUGGAGCUUCAACAGUUCCAUAGUGUCCUCUCAAAGUAACUCCAGUCUUAGCAGACGUUCUUAUACACCAUGCGACCCUCCAUUUUCCACUCCUGUGAGUGGAGUUCCCACUACUGCAUCUCCAUUUCACUCCAGCAGUUGGGAAAGGAAUGACUUCUUUCAGAGCUGUUCAAGCCCUUCUACCACUUCUGUUCCUUCUCCUGGAUCAGAGGCUACACAUCAAACCUCAGAUGCACCAAGCCCUUUCCCUUCAUUCCAAGGCAACUCGGGGCAUUUCAAUCCCUUGUGGGAUGGAUCUAGAAACAGUGCAGAUGUCGACAGCUCCUCCUCAGACUCAGAAACUGACAACAGCUUACCACGUUUCUUUAUUCGGACCAAAGAUGGCAGUGUGCCUGUACAGGACCAACUCCAGAGCUCCUUCUCCUACCUUUGUCACAAAUUGGAAGGCCUGCAAGCAGAAAAGAAUCAUGAAGCAGAGAUGGAAAUGGACAAGAAGGGAAAGCUAAGUUGUAAGGACGAUCUAAGAAAUGAGGUGCUCAUGGGGGGAUCAUCACAGUUUGCUCCUCGAGGUUUGUUUCGUAGCCAGAAGAGGGAUGGAUGGUCAUUAAUGCUCAGGAUACCAGAAAAAAAGAACCGUAUGUCUUCUCGACAGUGGGGUCUGAUCUAUCUCCGCUUGUUGGCAGGAGGCGUGCUGCAGAUGUACUACGAAAAAGGGCUGGAGAAGCCAUUCAAGGAGUUUCAACUUCUUCCUCAAUGUAGGCUGUCAGACCUUAAAGUGGAAAGUUAUAGUGAACCCCGCAAAGUCCUCACUGUCAAGGUGGAACAUUUCUCAUACACAGAAAAGAAGCGUUACCACCCUAAACUGGAUAUUACUCAUGAGGCAGAGGUGGAACAGCUGCUCAAGUUUGGCUCAACAGCACAUGAUGAUAUGGAGGAUCUUGUAGUCUCCUUGGAAGAAGAAAUCUUCAAAUUAUAUCCGUCUCACCAACCGAGGCGGCAGUAUGAGGAGCAGGAGCUGUCAUUGCAGAUCACUGAUCACAUAUGGAUACAACUGGAUAAGUGUGGAGGUGUCAUGGAACGGGCAGCCUUCACUCAGAUUCAUUGUCUCACUUUUCUGAAUGGACAAAAAGAAUGCUUUCUUGCCCUUAACGAUCUGGGCCUGCUACGCUCCAACUCCAGCUAUGUCUCAAAGGAAGACAGGGACGUUUGGAUGGAGAUCUCAGACUGUCAUUUCCAUAAAUGCGUCAAAGAGAUGGAGUUUUGCCAAUCUCGACUGAUCAAAUUCUCACCUCCAGAUGCUUGCAGGGUGGAGCUGAUACGAUACAAGACUGUGAUUUUGGGUUGCACGGAAAUGCCCUUCUCAAUCAAAGCUGUGGUCACAGUUCAAGGCGCCUAUGUGGAGCUCCAAGCCUUUCUUAACAUGUCUGCCACUUUUCUUUCCUCCAUGGGCACAACAAACAUAUACCCGCUCUGUGAGAAUGUAGUCAUCCGUGUGCCAGUGCCAGGCGACUGGGUCAAAGUAACGCAAACGGUGGCCUUACUGCGACAACGGUCACUGAAGGCCCGUAUGAACAGAAAUGCCUGUUUGGGCUCAAUAAGUGUUGCAGAAUCCCAGCCUGUUAUGCAAGUUUCAAUUGGCACCGUCAAGUACGAGAACGUAUAUUCAGCCAUUGUGUGGAGGAUUGACAGGCUGCCCGCGAAGAACACUGCAGUGGAUCAUCCCCAGUCAUUUUCCUGCAAGCUAGAACUGGGAUCAGAUCAGGAAAUCCCAAGCGACUGGUACCCUUUUGUCACGAUGGAAUGUGAAAUCAUGGGGGCAGUAGUGUCACAGACCAGGGUUAAGUCACUGGGCAUCACAAAUGAUAUCCAACCACAGAAACAUAUCACCAGUUGGACACGGUAUCAUUGCCAGGCUAAGCUCUACUUGUCGAUCAUUGAAGAUGUGAUUGAGAACAUGAGGGAGCUCUUCUUGGAUGAAGGGCUUGAAGACAGCAUCCUUGGCCAUUUAAAACAUCUUUGGGAGUCAAAGGUGAUGCAGUCAAAAGCAAUGGAAGACAUGAGAAAAAACAUCAUCAACCCGUGCAAUUUUGUGCUGCAGCUUCCGGCCAACUACAAUCAAUCGAAUCAAAAAGUCACAGACUCACUUGCAAUCCAUGAAAAUCAGACUAUCCAGAAUAGGCAAAGUUAUCCUGUCAAGAACAACACGGAGACGCUCCCUACGUUCUCUCUCCCUGCUGCGUUCACUUACCCUGUGCAGAUUCCAGCUGGAGUCACUCUACAAACAGCUUCUGGUCAGCUUUACAAGGUCAACGUCCCCAUGGUGGUCACUCAGGCCCAGCAGCCUUUCUCCUCACAGACACUCAGUGACUGGACUGAGUCCUUGGAGUCAGCAGCGGCCCCACCUAAUGUGUAUCACGAUCAAGACGCCGAUCCAUUUUCCUUGCCGGAUACUUCCGUUGCCAAGCCACCACAACUAGUGGCCCAUGCACCCCCCGUUCAGCAGAGCAACCUACCCCAGCAACUCCAGAUUCAUGUUCCCAACCUCGGGCAGCUUCAGGGGCCCCAACCUGUGGAGGCCGAGGUCACGAUGGAAGAAAGUGAGCCGGAUCCACAGCCUGUGGACCUCAGUGUGACCACCCCAUCCUGCAGUCAGUUAUUGGAGUUCCACAUCAGCGCUGAGGAGGCACUGACGCCACACAGCAGCGACAUUGAGGACAUCCUGAAGGAAGUGAUGGAAGAGAGAGAGAACCCCAUCAGUGUGAGGAAUGGAACUUCACCGCAGACUGACAACCAGUCUGAACCUGCUGCUGGGCUGGAGCUGCAGUAUAGAGAGCUGUCGGACAUUGUUCAGUUGGACGGUACUGCAGAUAAGUCUGACACUGAAGAAGGAGCUGCCUUGGAAGAGAACGAUUUUCUGUGUCUAAUCAACGCUGAGGCCAUUAAGGCCCUGCAGGAAGGUGAAAGCAGCGACGGCGACAGCACCUCCUCCAGCAGCGACGGCGAGGGAGCAGACAAGACCGUUCAUGUGGAGGACGAGGAUCCCUUGAACUCUGGUGACGAUGUGGUUGAGCAGGACAUCCCGGAUCUCUUUGACACGGACAAUGUCAUCGUUUGCCAGUACGAUAAAAUUCAUCGUAGCAAGAACCGCUGGAAGUUCCAUUUGAAGGAUGGUGUGAUGUGUUAUGGCGGCAGGGAUUACGUGUUCUCCAAAGCUGUCGGCGAAGCAGAGUGGUAACAUGUUUGUCCUGAGCCAGUGAAAAGAUAGAAAGCAGUGAUUUAAAAAGUCCAAAACGCUAUUGUCAGAUAACCAGCAGGUCGUUUGGAUGCUGCUGUGCUAAUCCUCACACUUUGUUAAUGAUGUAAUUACGAGAACGUGUUGUGAGCCAUUCAGGCUGACAUACAGGGAGACAAUAAGAAAUGUCUUUAUGUACAGCAAAAUAUUAUUUUAUGUGAAAUGUUUACUUUAUCAAUGCUGCGGUUUGAUUUUCAAACACAUUUUUGGCUUGUCUCAUGCACAGAGUUGCACCACUUGUGGUAGAAGAGCUGCAUCAAAUUUAAACCCUUUUUUUCUGUCUG